AUGGCCGUGAACCACUGUACCGCUGGGGUUUACGGUAUCUACCCCUACAUGCCAGUCCUGGAAUAAAUAAGCCAACCUCGAUUAUGGUAUUUACCAUGCAACUGUCAAUCGUUGUUUUCUUAGUGUUAGCAGUGGCCUUUGUCGUGUGCCAGGAUAGCAGAGACUGGCACAUAGGAGCAGACUCAGUGAGGCCGAGUGGCACAGUAGUGCACGGCCACGCCAACAUCCCGGUACACAGAGGCUCCAAUGGACAAGUGGACGCCAAUGUUCACGGGUCUCGAGUGUUCGGGGGACCGUACAACAGACAGCAGAUAGUAGGGGGAGGCCUGCAAUACCAACACCCCAGCGGUGUGAGAGGAGGACUGGGUUUGACCCACUUUAGAGGACAAGGCAAUACUUACGGUGCUUCAGUCAGCAUACCAUUCCAGGCUGUAUAAUCAUUUUACUGUCCUCCGUAUAUCCAUAAACUAUUUAAAUAACAAUUUUUCUACAUUGUUGAUUACCAAUAAACAAAGUAUUUUGAAUGCA